CGGGGACCCGGGGGGGCAAGGGGGGGGGGGGGAAACCCCCCCCCCCGGGCACCGGGAGCAGGCUUUGUAGUGACACCUGUCGGGCGAAGGAACAGCCUCCCAGAGGGUCACUUCGGAUUCCUGGAGCCUGGGCAGGAAACCUGGUGACUUAAGCGAUGGCCAGUGGAUUUCUCUUCAAGUGCUGGUGAAAGCUGCGUGCGAGGAAGUUCUGUACGGCCACGGCUAGCACGAUAAAGGCUACAAAAUGACAGCUGUAACUUAGCCCUUGCUGCUCCAGGGCGGCUUUGGGGUGAGGCAGUGGAGAAGCAGCUGUCUGGAGGAGGAGGGAUGUGUGAAGCCAAACCGACUAGUUCCUGCUGCUGGAGUGGCGAGCUUUCUGAGGACAGGGGUGCACCAGGGGCCAGCCCUUGUGUGGAUAACAGACCCUUGUUCUCAAAUUUUGGGGAUCCGGGAAGCACUGGGCCUAGCGGCUGCCACUUCUUCCAAGAAUGCUGCAGUCCUGAAGGCCCCGAGCGUACGUCUCCGAGCCAGAGCUGGCCGAAACAACUCCACGGAGCCACCGAAGGUUUGGAACCCAUGGAGGUUCAUGGGCCAGCUGCUGCUGGGACAUUGCUAGCUGAGCCAGCAGCCGAGAGGCUAGGGAAGGUGGAGGAGGCCGCCCGUUCUCCCCAUCAGGGCUUUCCAGAAGGCGGCGGGCAGAGGCCGGCCUGCACCGCAGGGGAGGGUGUUGGUUGGAAUGGAAGCUGCGACCGAGUACCGACGGGGUUGCUCGAAGAGGAAGGCUUGCACUUUACUGAGUCCAAUGUUCCUGGCUCCUGUCUGUCCAGUUACGAACGUUCCUGUAGUUGUCGGGGGGAGAGUUUGGAUCUCUCCAGGACUUAUUUGGAAAAGGGGAACUGUUCGUGUAGCAUCACCUGCCAGCGCUGGGCUUCGGAGUCCCCUGGAGCUGAGGACGAAGCCUUUGCUCCUGAUUCAGCCCCAUCGCUGCAGGGCCAGGAGCAAGACGAGGAAGAUGACGGAGUGUCCAAGGCCAGUGAGGACCCUUCGGACUCUGGCAGGGCGCUCGGCGGCAGGAAGAAUGGGAGACGCCAGAGGCACCGCUCUGGCACGAAGGACAAGGAGGAGGGGAAGGAGAAUGCCAAGCGGGAGGGUAGAUCUGCGCCGGCUGGCGGGAAGCACAAGCAGGCCAGGAAGAGGAGCCAUGCGGACCGGCGGCGCCACCUAAAAGCGGAGGUCCCCAGGCAGCUGGAAGAGCUGGCCUGGGUCUGCGUCUCCUGUUUCAAGAAGCUCAUCAAACUGGUGCUGGUCAUCACCCACGAGUGUGGCGAAUACGUGGAAGCUGGUGGGAGGCUCCUCUACUCCUGCUGUCAGCUCGACGCCUGGGACCUGGCCUCAGCCCAAGGCAGCAUGAGGACGUGGAGCCAGCGGGCCAGGAGCAGCUCGGGGAAGGCGGCCCGGUGGCUGGGCUCUGGGGGGAACCGGCUGUGGGGGCUGCUCAAGAUGCUGGGUGCCCUGCUCUUCCUGGUGCUCAUGCUUCUCCUGGGCAGCCUGCGUCUGUGCUGGCGAGUCUCCAAGUCCCUGCUCCUUGCUGGGGCAGCUAAGCUGGGCAGAACCAGCAGCGUGGCCCGGCUCCUCUCGCUCCUGGAUGCGCCCCUCCUCCGCAGAACGUGGGCUCUCGUCACCGAAACCAGGACUUGCAAGUACGUGGCGCACGUGCUGCAGAAGUGGAGAGGGCUGCUUGGGGUAGCCAAAGGGCUAAGGACCGAUGGGCUGGGAGAGGCUGUGGCUGGCCCUGAUCCCGGCCCAGGGGGGCGCUACCAGCCCAGCCAGGAGGUGGCACGGCUGCUGGCCCUGGCCGACGUACCUGAGGAAGAGCUGAACCCCUUUCAGGUACUGGGGCUGGAGGUGACUGCUUCAGACACGGAGCUGAAGAAGGCCUAUCGGCAGCUGGCUGUGCUGGUUCACCCUGACAAGAACAAGCAUCCGCGGGCGGAGGAAGCCUUCAAGGUGCUGCGAGCCGCCUGGGACAUCGUGAGCAACCCGGAGAAGAGGAAGGAGUACGAGAUCAAGCGGAUGGCGGAGAGCGAGCUGACCAAAUCCAUGAAUGAGUUUCUCACUAAGCUGCGGGAAGACCUGAAAGAGGCCAUGAACACCAUGAUGUGCAAGUGCCAGGGGAAGCACAAGAGGUUCGAGAUGGACCGAGAUCCGCUCAGCGCUCGCUACUGCGCGGAGUGCGGCAAGCUGCACCCUGCCGAGGAGGGAGACUUCUGGGCCGAAUCGAGCAUGCUGGGGCUGAAAAUCACCUACUUCGCCCUGAUGGACGGGAAAGUCUAUGACAUCACAGAGUGGGCCGGCUGCCAGCGGGUUGGAAUCUCGCCCGACACCCACCGCGUCCCGUAUCACAUAUCGUUUGGAGCGAGGAGCUCUGGUUCAGGUGGACGCCAGAGAACCGCCUCUGAAGGCAGCCCUACCUCGGCUGCAGACCUGCAGGACUUCUUCAACCGCGUAUUUCAGGGGACCCCAGGGCAGAUGCCCAAUGGGGGCUUCUUCAGCCCACCCCAACCCCCUCAGGCAGCAGCUCCUUCUGCUCCAGCCCCGAAGACAGAGAGUGCAGCCCCGAAAGGGGACUCGAAGCAGAAAAGGCGGAAGAAAGUGCGCCGGCCCUUCCAGCGCUGAGGAGCAGCGUGGCCGGUGGGGGCAGCUUUGAACUUGGCCUGGCAGGAGGCCACAAGCACUGGCAGGAGACGAAGCUCCGGUGGAUGUUCCAGCAGGCAGCUGGGUGCGUCCCAGGCGCUAGGUCGGACACUAAAGGGCUCUUUACAAGAAGAAGAAUCUAUUUUUUUUUUCUUUAGAUAUUUAAAAGCAACCAGGCGUUCGGGGAAUUUCCGGCUGACGCCGUUAACUUCUAGCGUAAAGAACCAGCCCCAGUGAUACCAAAGAACUCCAGCGGGGGGUGCCCUGCAGGAUCCCUGGAGACACCAGCCCACUGUAUGAGGAAGGGUCUCUCUGCUGGGGUGGGGGAAGCUGGACAGAGCCAUGGAAUCUCUUCAGGGUUACUUUAAAAAUCAGGGGAUGUUUCAUUUCCAUGAAGGCCCCACCUGGGAUCCAUUGGGAGGCAGCCAUGUCCCUUCCAUCCCCCUGCCUCCCCUUCUCAUGGGCAGCUCCCAUUGAAGUCUGUGUCUCGCAGCCCUCCGAGAGCUGGGGGAGCUGUAAUCCCUCAGACACAGCGACUGAGCCGCAUCCCGUAGAACUGAGUUGCGAUUUGGCCUCCUAAAGCUUCUGCAGCAGAUCGGAUUGACCCCGCCCGUCCCCGCAACUCCUCACCCUAGAAGAGCCAUGCCGAGCGUUAACCCUCCGGUGCUGGAGGGCAGCUUGCCCAGCUCACAGCUGCCUGGAGAAUGCUUCCAGGGAGCAGCCUGGCCUUGGCCCUGGGAGCCCAGACUGAGUCCCUUGUCUAACUCUUGCAGAGCGUUCUCCAUACCUGCUGCUGUAGCCAGUGCAUCUGUCUGCGCUCUCAGCGGAGCGGGUGGGGAAGCCUUUUUCCCCAGAGAUGAAAUGAGGCGGGGGGGUGCUCCCUUCCCACUGCGCUGGUAGCACAGGCUGGCCCCUAGCUUCAUGCUUAUCCCCCCCCAAUCUGAUUUUUGUUGCUGAUUUCCCCUCGGCCCUGAUUCCCAGCCGUGGGUAGCUUUCCUGCCAGCUGGGCUCUGCUACAGGCCUGAGAUGCGGGACAGCAGUUCCUCAGCAGGUUUCUCUGGGAGCUCAGGUGUGAGAUGUUGUCUUCACAAGUCUCCUGAUCUGUGCAGCCCGUAUUGAAUUUACUAUUCACAGGGAUGUUGGCCGGUGCCAGCCGCUCGCACACAGGGGGGCCAGACUUUCCAAAGGAGCAAGGUCAAGUUUGUAAGCCCAGCCCCAACCUGGUCUGCUUCCACUGGGCCCUGCCAGCUCCUGGCAGUUAGACGGGUCUGUAACUGUCCAGCCUCUCCCUGAAGGAUUGGUCUUGGGUUUUAACAGCUGGUUCCUCUUUGUACAUAUCUCUCUUAUGUGCAUACCCCUUGCGAUAGAUAUAGCUCAGUCCCCGAGAGCAGAUGGGGGAGUGCUUCCCCCCCCUUCCCAGGGCAGCGUCACUCAAUUCCGUGUAUUACACCUCGGCUUUCUGUUGGCACUUUCUGUAACCUCCUUAGGUUUGCUCUGCCGGUCGCUAACACGCACCCAGCUCAGAGAGCUGCUGCUGAAAUACUUUGACCCCAGGUGCAGUAAAGCUGAUUUUUAAGUUGU